CUAACAAUUGCAAUCAGUGUAACCUGGCUUAUUGUACCCUCAAUGAAUCCCCAAGAAUAAAAAAAAAAAAAACACAAUUUUAAGGUCAAGUUAUCCUACGGGGAAACUAACCUUGAUGUCCUUUAGACAUGCAUCAAGCCUCUUUGUCCUGCCCAGCAAAAUGACUUACUGACUGGAAUUACUGACCUAAAUUCAUGGAAGGACAAGACACACACCAAUCAAAUAGGCAACCUUUCAUCAAGAGGCUUUAUUACUGAAUGUGAAGCCACUAUGGUUCACAGAAACAAGGACAUACCUUUUACAGGUUGAGUCCCUUCUAGGUCAACAGAAAAAGCCAGUUAGUCACAUUUAUAUCUCACAUUUGUUAGAGGAUUUUUUAAGAGAAAGGUAAGAUUGUGACACUCAUCCAAAAUGAAAAACAUGUCAAAAGAUUUUAUUGAACUUAAUCAAGUGGUGAGGGCAAUAGUAAGACGUUACAACUGCUGUGGAGAAGUCACAGGCCGACCCACAGACAGCCUGUUGGGAAUGCUGAUAUGAGUGUGCUGAGUGAAGGGAGGCCCAUUCCACAGGCUGAUGGGAAUGCUGAUAUGAGUGUGCUGAUCAAUGGGAGGCCCACCCCACAGGCUAUCGGGAAUGCUGAAAUGAGUGUGCUGAUCAAUGUGAGGAGGCCCACCCCGCAGGCUAUCAGGAGUGGUGAUAUGAGUGUGCUGAUCAUUGGGAGGCCCAUUCCACAGGCUGAUAGGAAUGCUGAUAUGAGUGUGCUGAUCAAUGGGAGGAGGCCAACCCCACAGGCUGAUGGGAAUGCUGAUAUGAGUGUGCUGAUCAAUGGGAGUCCCACCCUGCAGUCUGUCAGGAAUGCUGAUAUGAGUGUGCUGAUCAAUGGGAGGCCCACCCCGCAGGCUGUCAGGAAUGCUGAUAUGAGUGUGCUGAUCAAUGGGAGGCCCACCCCACAGGCUGUCAGGAAUGCUGAUAUGAGUGUGUUGAUCAAUGGCAGGCCCACCCUGCAGGCUGUCAGGAAUGCUGACAUGAGUGUGUUGAUCAAUGGCCGGCCCACCCUGCAGGCUGUCAGGAAUGUUGACAUGAGUGCAUUGAUCAAUGGCAGGCCCACCCUGCAGACUAUUAGGAAUGCUGACAUGAGUGUGCCGAUGGAGGGGAAGCCCACCUGGGAUGACCAGGGUACCACACAUAUGUGCCUCUGCUUUGCCUGCUGCUUCUGGAGGUGAAAGGAGCCCCAGAAAACCAAAGGGCAGAGACCCCGGGAAAGUUGUGCCACACAGUGCCCCUGUGCUCUGUUUUCAUCAUUUUCAGGAUUUUUCUCUAACAAAUCACAAAUUUCAAAGGCUGAGUAAAUCCAUAAAAGGAAUUAGUUAUAAAAGUGUAUUAAUGUCUGACAAAUAUUUCAAGUGUGUUGUGGCUCUUGGCCUCAUCAAGUACAUAUCCUGAAAUCAAAUUCUGCUUCCACCAAAGAAAUGUAGAAGAUCAGUGUGCUU